AUGGUGUUGGAAUCUAAAUGGGCUGACGCCCCCGAUGAACCGGAGCCAGUGAAGCCAAAGAAUACCAAGAAACAGCCAACAUCACUCCCCCAUAACAAUGCAAAGAAAGAUAAGAAGAAGAAAUACCGUCAUGAUAAGGGUAACAAGAGUCCUGAAAGACCACGUAGUCAACCAGAAACCAUUCAUGCGCAACCCAAGAAUGAUCAUCCACGUCCCCAUACUCAUCCCCAAACGCGGCUGGUGUUCAGUACCAAGGAUACCGAUUUGAAAGACGUUAAAGUGGAAAAAGUAGAACGAGAAUCAAGGGAAGAAUCACCCAAAUUAGAUCUCUUAAAGCAGCGUAUUGAAGAACAGAGACGUAUCCUUGAGCAGAAAAAGCACAAGAAACAACAAGAGGAGCUUCUACAGAGCUUCCUUCACAGUGAUGAUAAGUUGGAUUGGGACGAAGAUGAGGAGGAUCAAAUUCUUGAAAAAUUAAACAAGUCAUUAAAAGUAUGA